AAUGUUUUAUUCAAGAAUUUCUGUCUUAAGGUUAUAUGCAUUUCAUCUCGAGGAAAGUAGCAAAGACAACAGUUGAAGGAAUAUUUAGUGAACCAUUUCUUUAAUAAUCGUUGAGAAAGCAUAGGCAUGGUUCCUUUUUUGGGGGGCUUUCUAAUACAACUGUCGGGUAAGAAAAGAAGAAAAAAAAGCCACGUUGAAAAUUCUCUCUCUUUUUUUGUUUUUUUAUUUCUUGGUCUGGUGAAUGUUAUGAGAGUCAAGAUUGCAACCAGCUAUCCCUUAGAUAAAUACCAUUGUUGGUUUUCUAUCGAGAAAAGCCUCGAAAAUCAAUCUAUACAUCAACUUGCAAAACAAAUAGUAAACAAGCUUGAACUCGAAGCUAUACCUUCCAAUUUGAAACUCUUAUUAGAGGGCUAUCAAUUAUUGCCACAAACAAAGAUAAAAGAAGUUUUACGCGAUGGAGAUCUUAUCACGAUCAAACAAAAUCAACCUAAAAAUACUGAUAUAGUCAAGAAAAGAAAGCGCUGUAAGUUAACUGCAUUCUUUUGCACUCCUUAACACGCAACAUAGCUAUAGAAGAAGAUACGCAUCUU